AGUGAGACAAACCCUCGUCAAUUGGAACUCUCCUCACCCCACCGCCUUCGCCUUCGCCUUCGCCUUCUUCGCCGCCCCUCUCUCUCGUCGUGCUCCUUCCAGUUGGAACCCGAGGGAAUAGAGGCGAAAGGAAGAGUUCCGAUGGCGGAUCCAGGAAUACACGGUGGAGAUGACGUUGACCACCGCCAGGAUUCCGGUAACAGGCGACUCUACAACCCCUACCAGGACCUCCAGAUCCCUUACCGAACCCUCUACGACCUCCCGACCUCGCCGGAGUUUCUCUUCCAGGAGGAGUCCCUCGCCCAGCGCCGUUCCUGGGGCGAGAAUCUCACCUACUACACAGGAAUUGGCUACCUCUCCGGCUCCGUCGCGGGAGCCUCCCUCGGCCUCCGCCGCGCCCUUCGCUCCGCCGAGCCCGGCGACACGCUCAAGAUCCGGAUCAACCGGAUCCUGAACUCCUGUGGCCAGGAUGGCCGCCGCAUCGGUAACCGGGUCGGCGUCAUCGGCCUCAUGUACGCCGGUCUCGAGAGCGGGAUGGUUGCCGCGAGGGAUACGGACGACUGGGUCAACAGCGUCCUGGCCGGGCUCGGCACCGGAGCCCUCUUUAAGGCCGCCAAUGGGCCUCGAUCGGCGGCCAUCGCCGGUGCCAUUGGCGGCUUGAUGGUCGGCGCUGCUGUAGCUGGGAAACAGGUCUUGAAGAGAUACGUGCCGAUAUAGCAUUUGGUUUGGAUCUCUGUCUCUUCCCCCUUCUUUUUCUUUCUUCCUUCAAUCUUUCUCAUGCCAAAUUUUGACCUUGCACGUAACAGUGGAACGCCGGGAGGGUAUUAGAAAUUUGUGGCAAUAAGUUUCUUAGCACCAAAUUGAUCGACAUAUUAUAUCUUGUGAAAAUAGCUGCUCGCAUUUGGAUUGACGAGUAGCAUACAUCUGCUUGUUGGAUUUUGAAUAUAAGAAUGGAGAUCCCAUUGGCACUUAUUGCUGUUCAUGGAAGAGAGAGGGGAAGUGGGGAACAAUUUGAUUUUGAUUAGUAGGUUCUCCUUUUGCUUCUGGUACUCCAUACGUUUUGUGAAACUAGUUUGAUUCUUAUCUUGCAAUGGAAUAGUGUUCAUGUUGUA